CGGCUCCAUAGCCUUCCCGCCCCCAUGUUUUCUAAGCCGAGCAUCUAAAAAAUCAACCACCUACCUAUAGGUAUUCAUCCUCUUCCUCCCUCUGCGGCCUUUACCCCCUUCUUCACGUCUCCCUCUCUUACCUGUGCCGUCGCAGUAUUGCUGAUUCAAGUGAAUGGAAAAGCAGGGAGAAGAGAGGAAAAGGGCCUUCGAUGGGUUGCCUGUUUUCGCCAAGGAGUUGAUCGCCGGCGGUGUAGCCGGCGGCUUUGCCAAGACCGGUGUCGCCCCACUUGAGCGUGUCAAGAUCUUGUUUCAGACCAGACAAGCUGAAUUCUGUAGUUUGGGGCUGUUGGGGUCCUUUACAAAGGUUGGAAAGACAGAAGGGGUGCUUGGGUUUUACCGGGGAAAUGGAGCAAGUGUUGCUCGAAUUGUGCCGUAUGCAGCAUUGCAUUUUAUGGCCUAUGAAGAGUACAGACGAUGGAUCAUUCACUAUAAUCCCAAUAUUGGAAGAGGUCCUGUUCUUGACCUUAUAGCUGGAUCGUUUGCUGGAGGAACUGCUGUCCUUUUCACUUACCCCUUAGAUUUAGUUCGAACUAAAUUAGCGUUUCAGGUCAUUGAUUCACCAAAAUUGAAUGUAAAAGGGCUUGUUUUUCCCAGUGAACAAGUUUACAAGGGUGUGUUGGAUUGCUUUUCCAAGACUUACAAAGAGGCUGGAAUACGAGGCCUCUAUCGUGGCGUUGCUCCUACAUUGUAUGGAAUCUUCCCGUACUCAGGGUUGAAGUUCUAUUUCUAUGAAGAAAUGAAAAGACGGGUCCCAGAGAAGCACAAGAAGGAUAUCACAGUAAAACUGGCAUGUGGAUCAGUUGCUGGACUACUUGGCCAGACUUUCACUUAUCCUCUGGAUGUCAUUAGGCGGCAAAUGCAGGUUCAGCGAGUUUCAGCAUCUAAUGGCGCCGAAGUGAAAGGAACAAUUGAUACUCUACUAAUGAUUGCCCAAAGACAUGGAUGGAAACACUUGUUUUCAGGGCUUAGUCUCAACUACAUCAAGGUUGUGCCAUCUGUUGCAAUUGGAUUUACAGUCUAUGAUGUGAUGAAGUCAUAUCUAAGAGUUCCAUCACGUGACGAGGCCGUGAUAGAAGCAGUUGUGACGAACAAUAGGCACAGUCAAGCAUCGUCCCUCCACUCCUAAACGGCUCUUGUUUUCAGACAGUUGUCUCUGAUUCCUUGCAGAGCUCAUUGUUUCAGAAGCCUGCCUGCAUUUUUACACAUUGGUACAUGAUAUUCUUCCAUUUGCAACAUUUUUAGGCAUUGUUAUUAGUUUUUUGCAGAAUAAGAUGGUCCGUUCAGUACAUGAAAACAGAUACUUUGUGUACAUACAUGUCUAUAUGUACCUGUGUGAAUAAAUAUAGCAGAGAUUUGAAUGCCUUCAUCCAAACUCUACUUCAUGAAGGGAAAUGUUUCAUGAAGAUCUCAAACUUAUAUUCUGGGCAAACAGCAUUCACAGUGAACACUAAGAGAUGGGGCUUUUUUCUACCACAGUGCAGUUUACUACAAAUACACACUGGGUUGGAGUACUUUCUUGCCUGGUAUGCCAAGAUGGGACCAACACUGUCUCCAAUCUCCAUUCUCAUACCCAAGCCUGGUUGGUUUGAGCUCAAAAUUUUAUUUGCCUAGGUCGAUUUGACUCGUGGGCUUUAAAAAAAAGUUGGCUGGAGCUCGAAAAUUAAAAUGAAGAGUUCCACUCGGUUCGAAGCCCGAUUCAUCCCAAAGCUUGACUAGAAGUUCGAGUAACGCUAGACUCGAAGUUUUAUUAAAGCUUGACUUGAAUC